GGGAGGAGGAGCCGCUCCCGGGGAAGGUGACCCGGCGGCGGGCGGAGCGGCGGGGGCCAUGCUGCUGCCGAGACCGGCCGCGCUUGUGACACUGAUGAGAACCGCAGCGGGUUGCGGCGGGGGGGGCGGGCGGCGAAGGGGGUCGGCGGUUGUCUGUCGGUGCCGGGACCCCCCGGGGGUUUCGUACAUCCCUUCGCUCUCCUCCGCCCCCCAGGUGCGACGGUGCUCGGCCCCCCCGCAGCCGGUGAUCGCCGCCAAGGAGCCGUUCCCGGUGGAGCUGAAGGCGGGGAAGAAAUACGCCUGGUGCUCCUGCGGGCACAGCCGCAGCCAGCCCUUCUGCGACGGCACCCACAAAAAAGCCGCCCCGGGGCUCUCCCCGCUGCGCUUCACCCCCGAGGAGGACAAGACGGCCUGGCUCUGCGGGUGCAAGCGCACCCGCUCCCCCCCCUACUGCGACGGCACCCACAAGGAGGAGGCCGUGCAGGGCGCCCGGGUCUCCACACAGCCCUGACACGGCUGCGCCCCACAGCCACGGGGGGGCACGGACCCCACGGGCCCACCGGGAUGUUCAGCUCUCGGGUACCGGAGGGAGUGAGGAGAUGCCCAGCUCCCACCCCAAUUAACCUGAAUUACUCGGCCCCGAGGGCUGCCACCAGCUGCCGAAGACCAGCCUCACCCCGCCACGGGGGCAGCGAUUUUGCCUUCUGCCCCGCUGGGGCCCUGCCGGGGAUGACGAAGGCUCAGCAGUGGCUGGGGAAGAAAAUAAUCCACGGGAUAACGGGACUUUCAGGAGCGGGUUUGUAGCCCCAGAGCUGCGGGUGCCCGUCGGGACGCGGGACGGAGGGACCCGGGCGGCUGCAUCCGUACAGGGAGACGACGGGAACGACAGUCUGCAGCAUUUAUUACAUUUACAAAGCUGUAUAGUUAUACAAAUGUUUAACCAAUAACGAUAUAUGAAUAUCAGAAUAUAUUACAAGACAUUAAAACGUCGUACAGGA